AUGGCACCCAUACACGCUCUAUUGAUAGUAAUUUCGUUUCUUUCAGCGGCAUUCGGAACCCCCCAUCGCAGAUCCUACCUCUAUGUCGGGGGACAGUACACCCUUAACAGCGAUGGAGAGCACAUUCUCACCGGCCAAAUGUACGUCGAGCGACUGACUCCAGUCAACGGCCCUACCAAACCACAUCCCAUCGUAUUAAUCCACGGCGCAGACCAAACGGCAACAAACUGGCUCAACAAACCCGAUGGCGGAGAAGGAUGGGCGUCCUACUUCCUCUCCCACGGCUACGAAUGCUAUCUCCUCGACCUGACUUUCCGCGGCCGCAGCCCCUGGCUUCCCGGCACUGGGAACCUGACAAAAUACAGCACCGAGCAUCUGCAACGCUACUUCACUGCGCCGGAACGAUACAACCUGUGGCCGCAGGCCGGAAAACACACCCAGUGGCCAGGGGAAGGCGUCAUGGGCGAUCAGGUCUUCGAUGCAUAUUACGCGUCGACUGUCCCGUCCCUCGCGGAUGGCGAGACGCAGCAGCGGACGAUGCAGCUAGCAGGUGCUGCGUUGCUGGACGUCAUUGGCAGGCCGGUCGUGAUUCUGGCGCACUCGCAGGGCGGACUGAUGGCGUGGGGUAUUGCAGAUGCAAGACCGGAUCUUGUACAUGCCAUGGUUUCCAUCGAGCCCACUGGUCCACCAUUCAACGAUGCGCUAUUUGGAAAUGGGCUUGCGCGUCGCUAUGGCCUGACGGAUACCCCCAUCGCCUACGCCCCGACUGUGGCUGAUCCGGCUGUCGAUUUCGCGAAACAGACGAUUCCAUCGAACUCGAGCGCGGUCGCUGAAUGUGUUCUCCAGGCUGAUGACCCCCCGCCGCGGCAGCUGGCCAACCUGGCUCGCAUACCGACGUUGAUGGUCACCACGGAGGCGUCGUAUCAUGUGGCUUAUGAUUGGUGCACUGUGUGGUUCCUGCGGCAGGCUGGGGUCCAGGUAGACCAUCUCCAGCUGGGAGAGGUAGGGAUCCACGGAAACGGGCAUAUGGUCUUCCUCGAGCAGAACAGCGACAAAGUGGCCGCGCUGCUCCGCGGGUGGAUGCAAAACAUUGAAUAA